AGGCUGUCAUAAAUUCAGAAGUUAGUAUAUAACACAAAAAAAAAAGAAGAAACCGGCUCAACAGUUAACGUUCUUGUUCUUUUAACAAUUAUCUUCGUCAAAUUCUAAAUGCAUUUCAACUUUGAUAUGGCCUUGAGCAGACUGAUGGACGAGGAAUACGAUCCAUUUUUGCUGCGCGCCGCAGGAAAAUCCGAAUUGAACUGCUCUAUUCCGUCGAUCCUUGAGUUUCCAAAUUUUAUGCGCAAAAAGAGUAUCAUCUAUACGGUUGUCUGUGUGCUUCUCAGUUUAUAUUUGUUUAUAAUGCUGGCAAUUGUCUGCGAUGAUUAUUUGGUGCCAGCUAUGGAGCGCUUGUGCUAUUCGUUACGUAUGUCCUAUGAUGUGGCUGGAGCUACGUUUCUGGCCGCUUCUACAUCAGCUCCAGAGCUUUUUGUUGCCUUCGUUGGCACGUUCAUCACGAAAGGUGAUAUUGGUAUUGGCACUAUUGUUGGAUCAUCUGUGUUUAAUGUACUUGGCAUUGGUGCUGUUUGCGGCAUAUGCACGGGCGUGUCAUCCAAAUUGGACUGGUGGCCUAUAACUAGAGAUACAAUAUGGUAUUUAAUAUCAAUAUGUGCGCUCCUUUAUGUACUAUACGAUUCCGCAGUGAAUGUUUGGGAGGCAGUGGGUCUAGUUGUCUUGUAUGCCAUUUAUCUCAUCGGACUGAUAUUUGAUCGGAAGAUACAGAGUAUAUGUCGAACUGUCGACAAUGAUCGCGAUAUGAUUGACGAGAAUCCAUUGGAGCGGGAGGAAGAGCCCCUGAAAUCAUUUAAGGAGACCGUGUGUGGGCACCCAGAGAAGGAAGAUAGUGUUUGGAGGAAAAUAUGGUGGGGUAUCAAAUACCCAGCCGUUAUAUUGCUGGCCAUAACCACGCCCAGCGCACGCUCCAUAUUCUUCUUAAGCAUGCUGUUGGCCGUGAUUUGGAUCAGCAUUAUAUCGUACUUUGUUACUUGGUUUCUCACCGUAGUUGGCUACAACAUUGGUAUACCUGAUUCUAUCAUGGGUCUCACGAUACUGGCAGUUGGUACCAGUGUGCCGGAGAUUGUGGCCUCAUUCAUUGUGGCCAAAAAAGGCUACGGCUCCAUGGCCAUGUGCAAUGCCAUUGGAUCAAAUACUUUUGACAUUUUCAUAUGCCUUGGCCUACCUUGGUUCGUUGCUGCUCUUAUUUUCUCCGAUACUAUUAAAGUGCACUCCUCUGGAUUAACAAUAACUACUGGAAUGCUGGUUGGAACAGCGCUUGUCUUAUUUAUCUCCUUUUUAAUUACGAAGUUUGUACUUGGAAAGGUGGUCGGCUGGAUUAGCCUCAUCGCAUACAUUCUCUUCUUGGCAGCUGCCAUCUAUUUCGAAAUCAGACUGCUCAAGAAAGAGUGUGAUAUCGAAUCCCCUAAGUAUGCAUAUCUGAACAAGGAGGCUGCAAAUUAACAGUUGUGUAAAUUAACUUAAUUGAGUAAAACAGAAUU